GACUUGUUCAUAAGUAAAAGAUGUGUUAUAAAUUAUGUACAUCAUGAUAAUGGUUUACAACGCACAUUUUUGCAUAGAUCACAAAAUUAUCAAGACUGUUUAAAUGCGAUUAUUUUUGGAUAUUCCUGAAGUAGGAAAACAUUAAUUGUGAAAAAGACUGACCUGUUUCGAGAAUGAUAUAAUGGAAAGUGAGGAACUGGAUAAAGAUCUGUUUACGAAUUGGGUGCGAGGCUCAAAAGGUUUAGAAUACUUACAGGAAGGUCUUCAAGAAUUUGUUGGAGAUAAAGUGCUGCAAAGUCGUGAUAAUACCCUUCAAAACAUUCUACUGGCAUUGCCAUUUGGAUCACCACAACAAUGCAACAAUUGUACAGAAAUUAAUCUUUCUCCAGAACAUUUUAACUCUACGAAGGCAUGUAGCAGACGCACAUGUCCCCAAAAGAGCUCGAGCAACUGUUUUGGAAGCAGACCAGUUGGACGUAGGAAAUGCCCUGAUGGUAUUUGUAGUAAAAUUUACGACGCAAUCAUAGAUGAGCAUGCAUUUGAAGACCCCUUAUGGAAGAACACAGACCCAAGUACGUGGUGUUCGGAUCCGCAUGGGUGGAGUUAUGCAAAAUGUUUCCAAACAACUAAAGGUCCAGGGACAUAUGCUAAAGAUACAGAUGCCGCUGGUCUGCUAAGCAUUAUCAUAAACAACAAGUCAAUACAAAACUUUGUGACCAGUAUUAAUCCCCAUACUACGAGUUCAUUUCAUACGGCGAGAGACAUCCGGAAUGAAAUCUUACAUAGCUCAAAGCUUGAAAUCGAGGAAACAACUCUGUGUUCUUAUUUGGACGCAUUCAUUGUAGUUCUUCAAGACCCAAAGUGUCUGAUUAACGACGAGGCGUCAAAGAAAGCGGUCCAUAAACUAACACAGUUAAAAAACAACACAAUACACAUAAGCCAGGGUGACACAGUGACACUACUUGAGAAUAGAAAAAAGGCGUUAACUGAACUUGACCAAAGAACAGCAGAAUCAUUGCGUAAACUCGACGAGAAAGCAUUGGCUGUACUACAUAAAGUAAAACAAGAUGUUGGUGAAUUGAAGGAUGCCACUUUAGCUGAUGUCGAAAACGCUGGAACAUCGUUAAAGCAAAAGCUUUAUGAAGAGAGAAGGGAUGCCAUAUCUGAAAUAAACACAGCCGGGGAACAGGCAAAACAAGACAUUGCUGGGAAGACGUCUGAUGGUAUAUCUGAAAUAAACACAGCUGGGGAACAGGCAAAACAAGACAUUGCUGGGAAGACGUCUGAUGGUAUAUCUGAAAUAAACACAGCCGGGGAACAGGCAAAACAAGACAUUGCUGGGAAGACGUCUGAUGGUAUAUCUGAAAUAAACACAGCCGGGGAACAGGCAAAACAAGACAUUGCUGGGAAGACGUCUGAUGGUAUAUCUGAAAUAAACACAGCCGGGGAACAGGCAAAACAAGACAUUGCUGGGAAGACGUCUGAUGGUAUAUCUGAAAUAAACACAGCCGGGGAACAGGCAAAACAAGACAUUGCUGGGAAGACGUCUGAUGGUAUAUCUGAAAUAAACACAGCCGGGGAACAGGCAAAACAAGACAUUGCUGGGAAGACGUCUGAUGGUAUAUCUGAAAUAAACACAGCCGGGGAACAUGUAAAACAAUAUAUUGCCGUGGCAAAACACGAUAUUGAUGGACAGAAAAGUGAGGCUGUCUCUGAUAUUUGUAAUGCAAAAGAAGACGUUUUAUCUGCCAUCGCCAAGGCUGGUGCAGAAACUAAAGAAGAUGUUUUAAGUGGGGCUUGUGGUGCUCGGUCUGAUAUCAGCGGCCGUGUUGUUUCCAAAGAAUCCAUUUUCAAAAAAGGUCUUCGGAAGCUCUCAGAUGUGUUCACAUCUUCAAGUUCAAAGUCACGCAAGGAAUUGCGAAUCCGAAAAGAAAAAGUUCAAGAACUAAAAGAUGAACUUAUAACAUGGUACAACACCAAUCAGAGUACAGUCUAUCUUUCACCACUCACAGAUGCUGUCCCUACUCCUCUAGCCGGGUUCUACAUUAUGCCAGAAAUUGACAUACAGACGAAUCUACCAGGUAGAAGGAAAGAAACAAUAAGAGUCAAGUCGUUAAAGGACCUAUUUACACAUGGUAGUAAGGUUCCACGGGAAAUAUAUUUAUCAGCGAUGGCUGGAUUUGGGAAAACUGUAUUUUCAAAAUAUCUCGCUAUAACAUGGUGUCAAGCUCAUAAAAAAGAUGAAAAUUAUAACCAUUUUAAAGUUGAAGAAUUAGAGGCCUUAUCUGGCUUUGAGUUUUUAUUUCUAGUGAUAUUGAGAGAUUCAGCUAAAGUCUGUGAUGUCGACGACAUGAUUGAACAACAAGUCAUAAAAAAUCUUCCUUGCUCACCUUCAUUGCCGAAAGGGUUUUUAAAGGACAUUUUACGUGAUGAAAAAUGCCUUGUUAUAUUAGAUGGACUAGAUGAAUGGUUACAUCCUGACAACGAGUGUACAAGACUUCCUAAAAGUAUUCCUCAUCGAUAUGCACGUGACAAGUGUUUAAUCUUAACAACAACCCGGCCAUGGAAGCUAGGAGCCUCAAACUUAAAGGCAAGUCAGAUGGACAAAACAGUAGAACUAGUUGAACUAAAUAAAGACAAAUCAUGGCAGUUGAAGCUUAAUGCAAUGAAAAUGUUGAAUGUAAACCUUCAAGAUGAUGAACUGAAAAAUGAAGUGUGUAUGUUUGAAGAAGCAAUCAGUGGUCACCACCUUGAAGAAAUGGAAUCCACCCCUCUCCUGUUAGUAUAUCUGAUAUGUUCAUGGUUUGAAAAAAUUCCAAUAGGUAAUUCCGCAGUAGAAUUAUAUACAGGCAUUAUUCAGCUCCUUCUAUCUAGAACAGAAAAGUUACAUGGAAAUUUUCAUUCAUCGUGUGAAACAUCCCCAAGUAAUGUUCCCGCAUGCUUUAGAAAACAUAAACAUUUCUGUCGUUACUUCACGUUUCUGGUGACCAUUGGGAAACUAGCUUUUUAUACACUGUUCAGUAAGAAGAAGGAGCACACAUUAGUUUUUGAUGAAAAUGUUGCUGAAAAAUAUAUUAGCCAAGAAGAUUUGAACUCAAGCUGUCUAUCAGGAAUAUUAUCAGAAAGUAAAGUAAAAACAUUAAUAAAUGAAAGUUCAAAAGUCUCAUAUUCACAUAAAACAGUGCAAGAGUACUUUUCAGCAAUAUUUAUAAGUUUUCAAAAUACAAAUGAAGUUCAAAAACUCAUCUUUGAAGAGUGCAACUGUUUACAAAACAUUCUAGACAUGUUUAAAGUGUUUGUCUUUAUUAGUAACAUGAACCCUAAAUUAAUGUCUGAAAUAUCAAGUGAUUUGAUGCCUGCGAUAAACAAUGAUGAAAUAACAAGCACAUACAGAACUAAGUCAGCUUAUGAUUACAUGUACAUUAAGCCAUUACAAGACAUACAAGACAUGUACAUUUCUUGUGCCACAGAAAGCCAGGAAAAUAAAGACCUCAAAUUAUGUUUACAAGAUUUCAUCAUUAAUGCAAAAUGUCAACAAGAAAACUACUUCAAACAAUUACAACAGUUGUAUCAACAAAAUAAGGAAAAUAUAAAAUCAAUAAUGAUACAAAAUGAAGGUAUGUGUAGUCUACAAGAAAUAGUCAAUUUGUUUACACUUUCUGACCUUCCACAUAUAGAGAAAUUAUACUACACAGGUGAAAUUGUAGAAGAAGAAAUAAUGAGCUUAUUAUUGAACCCUUUAAGAUGUUUAACUGUGGUAUCAAGUAAAUGGGAAAAUAAUAAACUUGUAGGAAGACAUUGCCGGCUGUCUGCAGAGAUAAAUGGACAACUGGUAAAAUUACAACACCUGGAGUAUUUAUUUAUGAACGGUUUUAGUAUGACCCACAAGGUAAUGGAGACAUUGAUAAAUUUUCUCACUAGUAAAACAUCAAUGAAAGAAAUAAAUGUGUACAAUUUAAACUGUAGUGAUCAUAAUACUUCAUGUACGGGAUUCAACCUUGAUCUCUCACAACAUUCGCAACUAAGACGUUUGGGAUUGGGCUCUAUACCUGUGUCACAAUUAAACAUGGAUGUAUCGUUGUUAGAGGAUUGUGUUGUUAGUACAUUAUAUAAACCUGGUGUUGUGUCAUCUUAUCUCCGUCAACUACCUGCAGCAAGUAAACUACAAAAUGUUUGGUGUAGUCAUCUAGAAUCUACAAGUGACAUAGAAACAAUGUUACAAAUAUUACCAUUGUUACAUCAUGUUAAAUAUUUUACGUUGCAAAAUACAAUUCUAGGUGAAAGAUCAUUAACACUGUCACCUCAUAUGAUCAAUAUUGAAGAAGUUACCUUGUGUGGUAAUGCAAUGUCUUGUUCAGUGUUACAUGAUCUCAUUGCUGUUAUAAUCAAGCUACCACUUACAGUGAGGGUAUGUAUGGAAGGCUGUGAUAUAAAACCAGAAACAGAAUUUGAAAACUUUAAAACAUUUAUUAAACAAUCAGACAAUUUUGUGGUCACACGUGAUGGCACCCCAAAGUUUGGACUGUACGUGUUUGAGUUUAAAACAACAAGACAGAGUAACCUUAAAUGAACUUGGGAGAAACAAUUUAUAAAUAGAUUAUGAGACAAUUGACAUGUGAAUAGACAACUUUUUUAUUGUGAAUAUUAUGAGAUAUUUACUGCAGUAGAUAGAUAAGGAAACAUAUUAAAGUGUGCACACCUUUGGUUAUAAUUAUAGGGUUUACGUAUAAAAAUAAGUUAUCUUUUAUAUAUAUUUUAUUUUCUAUACUGUAUUGACUUGUAUAUUAUUAUUUUCAACUUGGUACAUUUCAAUGCAGCAACAUUAAAAUAUUUUUUAAAGUCUAUGUCAUUAUCGUUUCUUAAUAUUAAACUACAUGUAUAAUGUAAGCCAU